AAAUCCACCUUGGUUAACGCCUUCAGAGGCAUAGAGGACGGGGAUGAGGGAGCCGCCCUUACUGGUACUAUGGAAACCACCAAGGAGGUUACGCCAUACCCCCAUCCAAACUAUCCCAAUGUUACACUAUGGGAUCUUCCCGGUAUGGGCACCCCCAAUUUUCCAGCUAACAAGUACCUGGAGCUUGUUAAAUUUGAAAGGUUUGACUUCUUCAUCAUCAUCUCAGACACUCGCUUCAGAGGAAAUGAUGUGACGCUCGCUAAGAAGAUUCAGAAGAUGGGGGAAAAGUUCUACUUUGUUCGCUCAAAGAUUGACAACGAUUUAAAUGCCAGGAAAAACACAAGUCACAAAAAGCCAAGAUAGUAAGAACUAUGUGUUGUUUUUUACUGCUUAUGCUGGUCCUUGUGUCUGAC